CUUCGCCUCCCCUUGUUCGUUCUCCCGGCCCUCUGCGGCAUCGCUACGCCACCCAUUGGAUUUGAUCGACGUCGAGCUGUGACCCUUGCCAGCUGGUUCCAUUUCCGAGUUUUUUAAUGCGGAAUUGCUGUGCAUGGCCGGUUGAUUUCUUGGUUGAUCCGGUGGAUUGGAGCGGCAGCGCGGUGAAAGGUGGCACCUUGGUGUGCUGAAUUGGUUGCCGCCCCGCUGCUGCUCGUGGUGUGAUUGCGAGUGAGGCAACGGUGAAGGUUUCCUCUGAUCUUGCGUGGGCGAGAGUGGUGGAGAAGCGGGUCAAAGGAGGCAGCUUUUCUUUUCGUCCUAAUCGCAUUCGGGUCCAGGUUUCUCGAUCUGACGCGUUGCUUGGGGGAUUUGGAUUGGGAUCGGCGUGAAGGCUUGGUGUGGAUCCGGGAAGGAUUGACUGCGUUGGGAGGUGGUGGCUGUUGCUGCUGCUGCUGUUCUUGGCAUGAGCGUUGGAAAUGGGGACGGAUUACUACAAUGUUCUCAAGGUGAACCGGAACGCGACGGAGGAGGACCUCAAGAAGUCAUACCGGCGGCUGGCCAUGAAAUGGCACCCCGACAAGAACCCCAGCGAUGCCAAAAAGGAGUCCGAGGCCAAAUUCAAGAAGAUCUCCGAGGCCUACGAGGUUUUGAGUGAUCCCCAGAAGAGAGCGAUAUAUGAUCAGUAUGGAGAGGAGGGUCUGAAGGCCUCUCCAGAUGGUGGUGGUUCCUCAUCCAUGAACGGGUCCAGCAACCACCAUUUCAAUCCUCGGAACGCUGAAGACGUGUUUGCUGAGUUCUUUGGCAGCAGCAAGCCUUUCGAGGGCAUGGGGCGAGCAAAGUCGAUGAGGUUCCAGACAGAAGGUGCCGGCACUUUCGGUGGGUUUGGUGGGAAUGAGAACAAGUUCAGAUCAUACAAUGAUUCGGUCGGAACCAGUUCCAGUCAGGCUCGGAAGCCACCGCCUGUGGAAACCAAACUGCCCUGCACACUUGAAGAGCUAUAUGCUGGUUCAACGCGCAAGAUGAAGAUAUCCAGGAACGUUGUGAAGCCGAAUGGGCAACUCGGAACCGAAUCAGAGAUUUUAACAAUCGAUAUAAAGCCUGGCUGGAAGAAGGGAACCAAGAUCACAUUCCCAGACAAGGGCAAUGAGCAGCCAAACCAGCUCCCUGCCGAUCUCAUCUUUGUCAUCGAUCAGAAGCCUCACGAUCUGUACACAAGAGAAGGCAAUGACCUCCUGGUCUACCGGAAGAUUGAUUUGGUGGAUGCAUUGGCAGGCACCACUGUUAAUCUGAAGACCCUCGAUGGGCGUGACCUGGUGAUUAAGCUUACAGAUGUUGUGACACCUGGGUAUGAGCUUGUGAUUGCGAAGGAGGGGAUGCCUAUUGUGAAGGAGAAUGGGAGAAGAGGCAACCUGAGGAUCAAGUUUGAUGUCGAUUUUCCUAAGAGGUUAUCGUCAGAGCAGCGGCAUAACAUCAGAAAGGUUCUCGGUGGUCAACCCCAGCAGCAGUGAGCACAUUUCAAAACAAAUAUCGCCUGUCCCAUAGUUCCCCAUGAAAUGCAGACUAAUUCAGAUGUUCUCCUCGUUCUUUUUGUUUCAGUUGGUUUGUACGUUUAGAUAUUUUCUUUGUGAUUAUUCUCUGAUCUUCUCUUUUUGGGGGGAAAAUAGCAAUACCAAAGGCUGCAUGUGUAACACAAAAAAUCUCGUCUUUUCUCUCUUCAUUUACAAAUUUCAAUGUUACG